CAUUACAGUGAUUUAGCCAAACACGGUAGAGGCAGUGAUGGCAAAAUCGCGGCUGAGAAGGUUUUGCUUCUCUCUCUCUCUUAAACCCUAAAGCAGGGUUUUUGUGUGGUGUUGUGAUUAUGAAGAAGAGAGAGUUGAAGACUCUUCUCUCUCACACUCUCCAAUUCCUCCACCUCCGAUCCCUCUCCACCUCCGAUCUCUCCCAACACUACGCAUUCCUCCGCGACGCCCUCAAUUCCGCCCCCAAAACCCUCCCCUCCCCCAGCGACGCCGUUUCCAUCUCCAACGCAAUCCGCGCCGGCUUCGGCCACGAAACCCUAAACUUCCUCCGCCAGUUCCGCGGCAGGUUGAGCGAGUCCCUCGUCGUCGAGGUAAUGAAUGACGUGAAACGCCCCGAGUUAUGCGUCCCCUUUUUCCUCUGGGCGAGUCGCCAAAUCGGUUACACCCACACUCCAAUGGUGUACAAUGCGCUAAUUGAGUUACUCUCUUGCAAUGGCCACGACAGAGUGCCCGACGCGUUUUUGAUGCAAAUUAGGGCUGAUGACAGGGAUUUGCUUCGGAAGCUGCUCAAUGUUCUUAUUCAGAAGUGUUGUCGAAAAGGGUUGUGGAAUGUGGCGUUGGAAGAGUUGGGGAGGCUCAAGGAUUUUGGGUACAAGCCUUCUCCCACCACUUAUAAUGCUUUGGUUCAGGUUUUUCUUAGGGCUGAUAAGUUGGAUAGUGCUUAUUUGGUUCAGAAAGAGAUGUCGAGUUCUGGAUUUGGCAUGGAUGGGUAUACUCUGAGUUGUUUCGCGUAUUCGCUUUGCAAAGCUGGGAGGUGCGGCGAGGCGCUGAGUAUGAUUGAGAAGGAGGAGUUUGUGCCUGAUACGGUUUUCUACAAUAGGAUGAUUUCCGGGUUGUGCGAAGCUUCGCUUUUUGAAGAAGCUAUGGAUGUCUUGAAUCGAAUGCGGGCGAAUUCGUGUGUUCCCAAUGUUGUUACUUAUCGGAUUUUGCUCUCUGGUUGCUUGGGGAAAGGGCAGCUUGGCAGGUGUAAGAGAAUUCUUGGCAUGAUGAUCACAGAAGGGUGUUAUCCGAAUCGUGAGAUGUUUAAUGCUCUUGUACAUGGUUAUUGUAAAUCGAGGGAUUACUCUUAUGCCUAUAAGUUGUUUAGGAAGAUGGUUAAAUGUGGGUGCCAGCCUGGAUAUCUGGUUUAUAAUAUAUUCAUUGGUAGUAUAUGUAGCAAUGAGGAGCUACCUGGCUCGGACGUGUUGGAAUUGGCUGAAAAGGCUUACAGUGAGAUGCUUGAUUCGGGGGUUGUUUUGAAUAAGGUCAAUGUCAGCAACCUUGCGCGGUGUCUUUGUGGAGCUGGAAAGUUUGAUAAAGCCUUUAAGAUUAUAUGUGAAAUGAUGAGCAAGGGUUUUGUUCCUGAUGAUAGUACAUAUUCUAAAGUGAUUGGUUUCCUUUGUGAUGCCUCCAAGGUAGAGAAGGCUUUUUUGUUGUUUGAAGAAAUGAAAAAGAAUGGCGUUGUUCCCAGUGUUUAUACUUAUACUAUUUUAAUCGAUAGCUUUUGCAAAGCUGGUCUCAUUCAACAGGCUCGCAAAUGGUUUGAGGAGAUGUUGAGAGAUGGUUGCACCCCGAAUGUGGUGACUUAUACUGCUCUUAUUCAUGCAUACCUGAAAGCUAGAAAGGUGUUAGAUGCAAAUAAACUAUUUGAGAUGAUGUUGCUUGAAGGUUGCAAGCCUAAUGUUAUUACAUAUACAGCUUUAAUUGAUGGUCAUUGCAAGGCUGGCCAUAUUGAUAAAGCUUGCCAGAUCUAUGCCAGAAUGCAAGGUGACGUAGAAUCCUCUGACAUUGACAUGUAUUUUAAGCUAGAUGACAACUGUGAAACACCAAAUAUUAUUACAUAUGGGGCUUUGGUGGAUGGUUUAUGCAAAGCAAUCAGGGUUAAAGAAGCCCGUGAAUUGUUGGAUACCAUGUCAAUUCAUGGUUGUGAGCCUAACCAAAUAGUGUAUGAUGCUCUUAUAGAUGGGUUUUGUAAGACUGGAAAGCUUGACGAUGCACAAGAGGUGUUUGUAAAGAUGUCAGGAUGUGGAUACAGUCCAAAUUUGUAUACCUACAGCUCUUUAAUCAAUAGUCUGUUUAAAGACAAAAGAUUGGAUCUUGUUUUGAAAGUGUUGUCCAAGAUGCUGGAGAAUUCAUGCACUCCCAAUGUUGUUAUUUACACAGAGAUGAUUGAUGGCCUCUGUAAAGUUGGAAAGACAGAUGAAGCUUACAAGCUGAUGCUUAAAAUGGAAGAAGUGGGUUGUUAUCCAAAUGUUAUAACUUAUACUGCAAUGAUUGAUGGCUUUGGGAAAUUAGGAAAAAUUGAACAAUGCAUUGAACUAUAUAGAGAUAUGUGCUCAAAGGGUUGUGCGCCAAACUUUAUAACCUAUAGGGUCUUGAUAAAUCAUUGUUGUUCCACUGGCUUUCUUGAUGAAGCAAACAGACUUCUAGAUGAAAUGAAACAAACAUAUUGGCCAAGGCAUAUAUCAAGUCACCGUAAAAUUAUUGAGGGCUUUAACCGGGAGUUUAUAACCUCAAUUGGGCUUUUAGAUGAGCUGAGCGAAAAUGAAUCAGUGCCAGUUGAUUCUUUAUACAGAAUUUUGAUUGAUAAUUUUAUCAAGGCUGGAAGACUGGAAGUUGCCUUGAAUCUACUUGAAGAGAUUUCAUCAUCUCCAAGCCUAGCAAUUGCCAACAAAUAUCUAUAUACUUCUUUAAUUGAGAGUCUGUCACAUGCAAGUAAGGUUGAUAAAGCCUUUGAGCUUUACGCAAGCAUGAUAAAUAAAAAUGUUGUUCCAGAGCUUAGCACAUUUGUCCACCUCAUAAAAGGCCUUACCAGGGUUGGUAAGUGGCAAGAAGCACUACAAUUAUCAGACAGCUUAUGCCAAAUGGAUAUAUGCUGGCUUCAUGAAGAGGCAACCAACGUGAAUUAGAUUUCUGAUGUACAGAAUUGCAGAUUGGAUGUGAGUUAUGUAACUAAAGGAAAAUGAAUAUAGGUAGGAUAGAAGAAAUGGUUAAGCUGAUGUGGGUUUUUUCAGUUCAGGUAAAAACAACAGCGAUAAUGGAAGCAGAAACAUGGAAUGUUGAAGAAAUCUCAAAAUGAUGUUCUUUGUAAUCCAUUAAUCUUCAAGUUCCAAAAUGACGUGUAUUUGUCCACCUAUCAUCACAUCAUGCCACAGUAGCCUGGCAGCUAAGGAAUCAGCUUUUGGGGCAUAUUUGAGGAGCAAGGAGUUUGGGAAGUAUAUCCUUGGUUCAAUUUUUCUUUUAUUCGAGAGACUGGCCAUUAGAAGGAAUGCAAAAUGUUCUAGUAUUGUGCUCUUCUUGUAGAGUAUAUGGUAUCUGCAUGCGAACUUGCAAGGGUUAGAGUCAACACUCUUUUUUGCAAGGCAUGGUAUGUAUUGGUGAAAUUGGUUAUCAUUGAAAAAAUAGCCUCCCCACUCACUCUGUACACCUGAAAGCUCUGGACAUAACCAUGAGGGGAGGAUCAUUAUGCACCAAGCUGCCCUUUUGUUUUGUGGACGAAUAUCGAUAGAUUACGACGCCAGGUUUUUUUAAUUAGAAGGCGUCAUCUCUCUCAUCUUUGUUGCGAGAGUUGUUUUCUUCCCUUUUAUUUCCCUUUGGCUGUCUUAGGAGGACGACUUCUUAUUCUCCGUUUUGGCCCUCUCAACAAAUGAUGAUAUCCAAAGAGAUGAAUGUGUCAAGAAAAUGAUUUAGAAUAGGAUCAAAGGCGCAAUGUUGCUUCACUUUGGGAUAUGUCUAGUGCACUGAGGCUUCCUUGGAAGCUUGAGGCAGAGACAAUCACAUCAUGUUUUAUUGAUAAUGGAGUGCUCAGGCUAGUUCACUAUUCACAUCAUGAUUUCGAAUGGGGUUCUAGCUUUAGCCAAUUUAGAGACUAGAGUGUACUAAUAACUCCUUGAAAUGUUUUCUGGGGCUUUUUCCUCUACUCUAGACUGGGCGGUUUGCAGUCACUGAACCCUUCACCAUUAGUCAUGAGCUGAUCUGUGUAUGUACUACCAUUGUAAUUCAUUCUAUAUAAAUACAUAUGAGGAUCCUACUCCACACAUGUUCUGCAUUCGUCUCUGUCUUCCUACAAAAAAUUCUGUAAUAAAUAUGUGGUUCUGCAAAAUUCAUUUGGAGAGGCGUGCUUCUCCAAUUUCUCAA